AUGACGAACGUGACGUACGGAGUAGCCCGGUACAUACCACCUACCCACGUAGACGACAGGUCCUUUGCAUUGGGCCUGGUGCAUUCACGAGGCGGGUGGGUGACAGAAAAGAAAGCAAGAAAAACGAGGGGUCUCACGCAACACACUCUCAACAAACACGGCUGUACUGUAUACCCAGAGACGCGGCUGUGCCUUGGAAGUGUUCAAGUCAGCCUGGAAUUCCGAGGGGUCACAAGUUUCGAGUUGAGGACGGCUACCGAACAAAAAAGAUAUAUUGUCGCUGCAAAUUUAUUGAGCCGGCCCGGUUUCGCUAGACCUGCAGGCUUCAGGAGUCCCUAUGUGAGGAUAAUUAUGAUCGUCGCAUGGUACAAGAUUCACAUGCCACCAGCCACGCAAAGAACUUGGCGCGCUCUCCACACCCGCCUCCUCCCGGCUCCGAUGACCGCCGUCGUUUCGGGGAAUCGGGACGAGGCGUCAGGCGUCUACCACUCGGCGCGUCCACCUCCACAUGCAAACGUUGGUCCGUUCUCGCCUCCUCUCGAGACCAGACAGCUACGCCACACAUAA